AUGGGCCCCGCACUGGCCUGCCUGCUGCUGGCCGCGGCGGCCCUGGCGGCCGACGACCUCGCGGGGCCGGAGGUGCCGAUGGGCGGGAUCGGCACCAGCGGCGCAAGGCGGGGCAACGGCACGAAGCAGGCGGCGACGGUUGGGGAGAUCGUGGGGGAGAAGGUCGAGGACGCCAUAAAGGAGGAGUUCAGGGGGGAGGUGGCGGAGGCGGAGCGGGACAAGGGGAAGAACUUCAACCAGACGGCCAACAAGUCGGACGUGAGGGGUGAGUGGGUGGAGUAUGCAGCCAUAUGGGCCCAACUGGAAACGGUGAUCAAGGUACCCGGGCACAAGCCUAAGGUGUCCAACGAUAGCAUUGAGGUCAGUGCAGAUGGCAACCUCCGCCCGGUGGGCAAUGGGAGUGGCACUAACGCCACAGAUGCCACGGAUGUCGAAGAGAACGACGUGGAUAGGAUCAUUGACAAGCAGGACAAUGAAUAUGUCCUGUCCACUCCCAAGCACUUCGCUGCUUUGACUCUGGACCCUCGCCUCAUAAAAGACCUGACGAUAUUGAUAACCACAGCAGCUGCAAUUGGCAUGGUGUUCGAGGCCAUAGGACAGCCUGUAAUCAAUGGUUACCUUAUCGCGGGGGCCAUAGUGGGCCCUGGAGGAUUGAUGCUGAUCAAGGAACUUGUUCAAGUCGAGUCCCUGUCUCAGCUGGGUGUCCAGUUUCUCCUGUUCUACCUCGGGAUGGAAUUUUCAGUAUUCAAGAUGAGGGUGGUGGGGGGCGUCGCACUGAUGGGUGGUUUGAUCGAGGCCUCCAUUUUUGUGGGGGGCGCAGCGCUGCUGGCAGCCAUCUUUGGUGGUGUGAUGGCACAGGGCAUCUUUCUGGGAGCCCUUAUCUCCAUGUCAUCCACGUCAGUUGUGGUAAAGGUCCUUGAGGCCAGCCAUUCGACAGCGACACAAUAUGGCCAGAUCACCAUCGGCACGCUCAUCCUGCAGGACUGCACUGUGGGUGUCAUGUUUGCGAUGUUGCCCAUCCUCAGUGGCAAAUAUGGUGGAGAUGAGGUUGAAACAACAAUGGCCAUUGCCACAGUAUUGACAAAGCUUGCAUUUUCAGUCACCAUGGCUGUAGUCAUUGCCAGAACGAUGCUGCCAUAUAUGGUUCGAAUUCUUGUGAG